AUGAAUACAGGUUAUUAGAUUAAUCAAAAAAUAACCAAUGAAUUAAAAUAAAAGGAACAAGCUCCAUAACAAUACAUGGAGGGAGAAGAAAUUUCUAUUGAUUAAAUAAAAGAAGUGCAGUGGUCAGCAACAGCAAAAUUACCAUAAGAAGAAGUUGAAAAAAAGAAAAAUAAAGUGAGAUGA